CUGAAUAAUCAGACUUGGAAAGCUUCAUUUCCGUUGUCUAGUUUUCAAUGAGUGGUCGAUUCAAUGCUCUGACAGGGACCCCGUCAUUUUGACACCAAACCUAAACGCUACAAGUCUGCGGGUAUGGAAAUAGCUUAUGCGCCUCGUCAUGGCAGUACAAGAAGCUCUAAUGGAUGUUGGACUUGUCGGCUUCGACGCAAAAAAUGCGACGAAAACUACCCUGUGUGUGAAACCUGCACUGCGCUUCACAUAACCUGUCAUUACAGCCAGGACAAGCCGGAGUGGAUGGAUGGCGGAAGUAAGCAAGAGGAGAUGGCAAUGCGGCUCAAGCGUCAGGUCAAGGAACAGUUUCAUCGGCGCCAUGACCGUGGUGCUGUUAAUAUCUCUAAUGACCGUUUCCCAUUGGUCGACUCUGUUGCCAAUGAGUCGAGAGUGCUAGCUAGAGGCUCAGCCGAUAAUCAGCUCCAAGGUGAAUGUGACUGCAGAUCGAAUAGUCAGAGCGUGUGCAAAUCCACCACUUCUUUUGAACGUUCUAACACUAUAUUUGUAAUGUUUUAUCUUGAAAACGUACUGCCGUUCUUGUUUCCAUUUUACCAGCCGAGUUUUCUUCAAGGUGGAAAAGCGUGGAUCUUGGAAAUGAUUAUGAAUAGGCCGGUGGUACGACAGGCCACUUUAUGUCAGAGUUCAUACUUCCUUUCUCUUGCACGGGGAACUGAGGAUCACGAUGGAGCCUGGGAGACGGUCUUAGCACAGACUAGGGCUACAUUUGCAAUGUUGAGAGAGUCGCUGCAGAUUAUCGUUGGCUCACACAUCACCGAGCACCUCCCAGGGGCUGUACGGAUUAUGACAAGUAUCAUGCAGCUGCAGCGCUUUGAAAUUGCUGUUUUGAGUUUCACUAACUGUCGACCUCAUCUAAAUGCCGCCCUCGCACUUUUCAAGCAACUUCUUGAUAGCACCGACAGUGGAAACCCACCGGGGUCCUGUAGUUUCAGUUCUGUCAUUAAUAGUCUCAAUCCAUCGUCAUUGAUUUCGCCAGGUCAGGUCCCGAGUGCCGAACAGGCCGCCUUUUGUUUCUCGUCAGCCCUUUUGAUUUUCGAUGACAUUAUUGCAAGCACAGUACUUCAGGAGCAACCAAGGCUCUACGAGUACCACCACAGCCUUCUUGAAAAAAUCGACGGAAUUGAUCCACCUAUCAACCUUGAGGGUGUUGUGGGGUGUCAAAACUGGGCAUUGCUUGCAAUCGGUGAGAUUGCGGCCCUUGACACGUGGAAGCAACAGUGCAAAGGAGCCGGAAAUCUUGAUGUCAUGGAGGUUGUCAAGCGCGCUACGGCCAUAAAGAACUCACUAGGAGCCCAUCUUAGGCAGCUCGAAACUAGGUCAACGAUGACUUCUCAGGGAAGCAAUCUCCUACUAGAAAUUUUCACCACAAAUUCUAGUCAGCAAUCAGACCUACCAACCAAGCAAACUCCGUUCGUUACCCGCGUCUGGGCACAUGCUGCCCUGAUUUAUCUAUUUGUAGUUGUGUCCGGAUGGCAAGCCACUAGCGUCGAUGUGCAUUAUCAUGUUGAUCAAAUCAUCGAAUUACUUACAAAUCAUAUCUCGCCCCCGGCACUUCUCCGCACGAUGGUAUGGCCAUUUUGUAUAGCAGGCUGCCUUGCAAAUCCAACACAGGAAGUCCAUUUCCGUAGGAUGGCCGAGGCUUUGCAACCAUCAAGUGUAUUUGGUACAGUACGCAAAGCACUUGAGAUCAUGGAGAAUGUAUGGUAUAAUCGGGAUGUAGAAGAUGCUUCAAGCCGCAAUUUCGCUGCCUGCUUUGAAGGCCAAGGUGAUCUAGUGCUGCUCGUUUAGAUGAACAAUUGUGCAUGGCAUGUUCAAACACCUCUACGGUUCCUCUACGACCGGAUAGACUUUUUGUGGAAAACCGCAUUUAGAUUCUCUACACCCUAUUCCUGUUUGAACUGAACAUAACCCUUGUCCUUCACGAAUGUGGCGUGCCAUGGUGCAUUUCCUUCGUGACUCACUAACUUCGCAUAGAAGUCAGCAUGCGCAGGGCCAUCUAAUGCCAUUCCAUUCAUUCUGCCUCUUCCUGGCGCUCAUCUGUAUAUAUAUAUUGAUAUAUGC